ACCGCGUUCCGACCCGGCCGAAUCACAGGCCUCGCAACACCCACUUUGCACCUGAUGCUCAUCACACCUCGUCUCUCUCUCUCCCUCCCGCUGCUAUUUCCUCCUCCCCUCGGCCGAGGCCCCUCCGCUCCGCACCCAGCUUCCAAAUCUUCACGCUGCUGCAUCGAAGCUAGUUACCCUGUGCAUUGCCCAUCCAUCUCUCGCUCCAUCAAACCCCCGACCCUCAUGCCCACGUGUGAGUGUGUGUGCCAGGCCAGUUGCCAGCGUCGAUCGAUCAUCGCUGUCCUCCUCCUGUCUGAAUGUAGUAGUACUACGUAGACUUCAAGUCAUGUCAAAAAUGCAAACACACUGCUAGGUACAAAGGGGAAAAAAAGAAAUAAAUAAAAAAAGAAAGAAGAAAUAUUAAAUUUAAUUUGCAUCAACUCUCCACCAACCAAAAUCAUUGCUCCGACAAAACACAAACCGGCCACGACUAACCCACACCCCUCGCCAGACAGACACGCGCACGCCCCAAUUCAACCACACCCAUCUAGCCAGCGGCAGAACAGAACAGAACAGAACAGAGACGCACCUAGACCGGCCUCCCCUCCCCUCUCCCCUCACCACUCCUCCCUCCUCUCCAUUCCACCACCGACCGCA